AUGCUAAACUUAGUGGAUCUUUAAACAUAAUUUUUGAAAGGAGAUGAUGAUAAUAAUAAUAAUAAGAUCAGAGGCAAUACAAGGUAAAGUGAUAUUUUGGCAGAAUCUGUAGAUCCCAUUCAUAACAACCUAGAAAUAUAAAAAAAAAGCAGUUAAUAAAGACUUUUGGAGACAAAUAGGAAACAUGGAGUCAUUUAAGAGAUUAUUAAGUAAUUAAAUGCAGAAAAUGAUGGAUCUACAAGUCCUAUUUUUAAGAUUGAUGAAAAUAUUUUUGAGACUUUUUUUGGAAAUGAUAAUUCAGUACAAAAUAAUGGUGAAGAACCUAAGUUAGAUAAGCUCUAGGUUAGUUACGAUGACUCUGUAGGAAAUAUAAUCAAAUAAAAGUUGUUUGACUCUAAGAGAGAGGAGUCAAGAGUUCCAAACACUACUCCUAGUACACCAGUAAAAUAACUAAAUAGCAUCUCUUUCAAUAUGUUCCAGAAUGCUCUUCUCACAGAAUAAAAAUCAACAUCAAACAGAUCAUCCAAAAAUAAUCUUCCAUUAUAUCUAAGGCCUUAGGCGAUAUAGCAAGUAGCGAAUAAGAUUACUUUUAAAGAAGCGAUGAACAUUCUAAAGAUAGCAAGAGUCGAUAGAUAAAAAGGAGAAAAAGAACUGAUGAAAGUUAUACAAUCUAAAUCACCUGUAGUAGAAGAAAAACCAAAACCAACACCUCAUGAAUAAAUGGAUGAGAUUAUCAAAGGAAUGUAAAGACGAGAUUGUUUCGGAAAUAUAUUACGAUAUCAUGAAGAAAUGAACUAGCUUUAAAAAUAAAAGAAUAUUACAACUAAUGCUAGACUAUCUCAUUGCUAGCUAACAAAUAUAAGAAAACUUAUUCCAAAAGAAUAUAUAAGAAGCUCCUAAGAUUUUGAUAGGAUUAAUGUCACAAUGCUAAAUGAGUAUCUAAAUAAAUACUCAGAAAAACUAAGCAGAGGCAAUGCUUAAGAUCCUUACGAGAUCAAGGUUGAUUUCGAUAAAUAUGAUGAAAUAUUAAGUGGAAUAGAGAGUUAAACUUAUAAUCCCUUCUUCAUGCACAUUGAAGUUGAGGCUGAAAAGAAGAAUCUUGAUUCAGCAGGAAAUAUAUUGAGCAAUAAAAAAAUUGUUCCAAGUAGAUAUCUUGACUAGGCCAAUCAAUCACAAGCCAAUUUCAAAUUAAAAAAUCCAAUUGCUGCUAAGUAGUAGGAAGUAAGAGAAAAACUGGAGAUUUUUACCGAAAUUCAGGAGAUCAAGACUAGAUUCUAACCUUAAACAACAAAAUUCAAGAGGCUUUAUAUGAAAAGUAUCGAUAUAAAUUAAUUUGAGAACUACUAAGGUAUGUUAAAAUCUCUAAGGAAAAGAUAAAUUGGCUAGUCGGAAACUCUGAAUAAAACAAUGAAUUAUGAUAAUACUUCAUUUUUCCCUAGAUUUGGUUCUAAUAUUGGUGGAAAGGGUGAAAGAACUGCUCAAACAGCAGGCUUAAUUUAAGGCAAUGAAAGCUACGGAUUAGAUAGAGCAGUUAUUUCAACAGGCACUCAUACAAGAAUUAUGUCACCUUUAUAAUCAAAUGUGGAUACAAAGAAAUUUUUCAGCAGUAUAAAAAAACAUGAGCUAAUAAAAAAAAUUGGAGAAAUCUGGAAGUCAAGCUAGAGAAUGAGAAAAGAAAAUUUUAGAUUUUAAAAACGAUAAGAAAAACGCUUGAAUGUGUUAUCUCAGGAAAUUUCUCAUCUCAACACAUUUGCAAAUUAAUCUUUGAAUCAGGCUAAGAAAGAAUUUGAGAAGAUCAAAUUUGAAAAAGAAAAAAUAAGACUUAAAGUUUGA